AUACAAACGGAAAUUAGUCACAAGGCGCUUUGCCAUCACCUGCUAAAUAAAGUAACUAAUCGUUUUUAGCCAAAUGAGGGUGCCGGACACCUCCCAGUCUCAUCGUAUAAAUGGUGGUGCGUACUCAAGUGCCUUCUCCAAGACAAGCCAGCAGAGUGAACACAUUGCAAGCUCGGUGUCAAUGCUGCUUUAAGAACCGUUCUUUUUUUAAACAUAUAAAAGUAUAUUUAUUCAAAGUAUAUUUUGUUUUCAGGUUUAGCAUUUCUGGAUUUCUUCGCGUCAGAAAAGCAUAUAGAACCUGAGCCUUUCUGUCACUUCAAGUUACAUCAAUUGGUCUGUACCACAGCAUUUCAAACACACACACACACACACACACACAUACCCUCUCUCAUCAAGAAGCAAGAAUACCAACUGGGCGAAUAAAGAGUCGCAUACUUCCCAGUCUGCACAAUGAAACUGCUACUAGGCUUUAUGGUAGUGUUUCUCGUUUUAGCAGAACUCUUCUGCGAAGAAGCGGGUACCGGCGAAGAUCUAAAUUAUUGGACUGACAGCAACCAAAUACAGGAUGAAUGGCUGGCACCGGAUUCAUUUAAAGAAAUCUUAAAACGAAUCGUAAGAAAACCCAAACCCCAUCAGUUCUUCGGUUUGAUGGGGAAACGAUCUUCUGCGAACCGACAGAUUACCGGCAAAAGGCAAAAAUUGAACUCCUUCGUUGGACUGAUGGGCAAAAGAUCUGAAGAUCCUGAUUAUUUUGAAUGGAGCUCAAUACAAAAGUAUGAAGAAAGACGUUAGUGGAGCCCUAAAAAAAAAAAGGCAUUUUUACUGAUGUCAUUCCUUGAAAUUGCCAGAGGAGGGCGAUAUAUUCGUUCAUUUUAUCAAAUGUUUUUUUUUUUUUUUUUUAAUUAUUGUUCAUUACAGUUGAACCUCUAAUAAAGCUAUUAUUUUCACAUUGUGUCAGUGCUACACAUUGAAUACCGGUUUUACAGUUCAGCUGAAAGAAUGGGAGGAAGAUUUCAACAACAGUAUAUGUCAUUUAAUUGUGUGUAUUCAAGUGAUCCAGUAUUUGCUGACUGAAACUGAAACUGAAACUAAAGCUUUUUGGUUAUUAAUUAUCAGUCAUGCCUGUUAUUAAUUAUCAGUCAUGUAAAAUUGUAGAGCAUAGUGCCUCACUCUAUUUCCAUAACUUGUAAUGCGGUUUGUGUAUUCAAAUGUAUUUCUACUAUUACAGCAUGGCUUACACUUUGUGAUUGUAUAUUGUUUUUAUUUCUAAACCAAGGUGUUUGUAUUAUAGAAAUCUAAGUUAUAAUAUACUGUGUUGUGAUAGUGGCAGAAUAAAUAAAAAAAAUA